UAAGAAGUAGUUCCGUACAAUACUGUUAUGGCCGCCAACCUCAGGUGGAUAUGGAGAGCCUGCCCCAUUUAUUCUCGAGUUGACCAUGUUUUAAAACGUAUUGAUGUCUGGAGACCAAGCAGUUUGUUUUUACAGGCAUCCAUCUGUCCGUAAGGAUGCGUUCGGUGUCAAUAUUCAUCCUGCUACUUGGAUUGGUGGGUCUCGUUCAAGGCGAUCCAUACCUCAUAUUUGCGAAUCGUAAGGAUGUCCAGCUGGUACAGGUUCAGAACGGCCGCGGAAAUACGACCAUCCUUGUUGAUGGGCUAGAGGAUGCGGCCGCUCUGGACUUCUACUUCGCAGAGAAUUCAGUCUUCUGGACAGACGUGAGCCUCGAACUGAUCAAACGGACAUGGAUCGAUGGAUCUCGUACAAGCGUGAAUGUCAUCUCGUCAGGGCUGGUCUCCCCCGAUGGGUUGGCAUGCGAUUGGCUGAGCAAAAAGCUUUACUGGGCGGAUUCUGAAACAAAGCGAAUUGAAGUUAGUAACCUAGACGGGGGACACCGAAAGGUUCUUCAUUGGCAAGAUUUGGACCAGCCCAGGGCAAUAGCGCUGGAUCCACUACAUGGAUACAUGUACUGGACAGACUGGGGCGAGACGCCAAAGAUAGAGAGAGCGAGUAUGGAUGGCAACCAAUCAAGCAGAUCUGUGAUAAUAAAAGACGACGUUUUCUGGCCCAAUGGGCUGACACUAGAUUAUGACGAGUCAAAAAUAUACUGGGCGGAUGCCAAGCUCAGUUUUAUACAUAGUUGUGAUUUUGAUGGUCAAAAUCGAAGAGUGGUGAUUAAGGAUGAGCUACCUCAUCCCUUUGCGUUAACUUUACUGGGUCCAACCCUAUACUGGACAGACUGGGAAACACGGUCGAUACAUUCUUGUGACAAAUUAACGGGUGAUAAUCGCAAGGAAAUAUUACACGAGGUUUACUCUCCGAUGGAUAUACAUGUUUACAGUGCUAGAAGACAACCUGCAGGUACACGUGAACUUCAGUGCUCAAAUAACAAUGGAGGCUGUUCCCAUCUGUGUCUCAUCUCCCCUCAUCCUCCGUACUACACCUGUGGGUGUCCCACUGGCGUCCAGCUCAAGGAUGACAACAAAACUUGUGCUAAUGGUGCCCAACAGGUGAUAUUACUAGCACGACGGACGGACCUCCGUGAGAUAUCUUUAGAUACUCCAGAUUAUACAGACGUGGUGCUUCCACUUGGAAACAUACGACAUGCCAUUGCUAUUGACUAUGACCCAUUGGACAGCCAUGUAUACUGGACUGACGAUGAGGUCAAGGCCAUCCGAAGGUCAUCCCUGGAUGGAACAGACCAGGAGACAAUAGUCAGUACAGAGGUGAACCAUCCGGAUGGUGUGGCCAUUGAUUGGAUAGCUAGGAACCUCUACUGGACAGACACAGGAACAGACCGGAUAGAGGUGACUCGACUCAAUGGCACCUCUCGCAGGGUUCUAAUCUCGGAGGACUUGGACGAACCCCGGGCAAUAUGUCUGGAUCCCAUCACAGGACAUAUGUAUUGGACGGACUGGGGAAAUGUUCCUAAAAUAGAGCGUGCAAAUUUGGAUGGGAGUGGUCGUGUUCUUUUGAUCAACACAUCCCUUGGCUGGCCCAACGGGAUCUCGAUCGACUACCAAGAGAAGAAGAUGUACUGGGGGGAUGCAAAGGAGGACAAGAUAGAGUUGGCCAAUCUCGACGGCACGGGAAGACGCGUUCUCGUCUCCCAGCAACUACCUCAUAUCUUUGGCUUUAGCCUGCUAGGUGAAUACAUAUAUUGGACAGAUUGGCAACGGAGAUCUAUAGAACGCGUAAAUAAGAAAACAGGACAAGAUCGAGAGGUGAUAGUUGACCAGCUACCAGAUAUCAUGGGAUUGAAGGCAAUUAACGUUCAAAAAAUAGAAGGUACAAAUCCCUGUGCUGACAACAAUGGAGGAUGUAGUCAUUUGUGUUUGAUGACAGCUGACCAAGGUCCAGUAUGUGCCUGUCCAAUGGGGCUAGAACUUGUUAGCAAUGGUAAGACAUGCAUCGUGCCUGAGGCAUUCCUUCUUUUCACACGCCGGCGCGAUAUUAGACGGAUGUCACUGGAGACCAGCCACAGGAUCAUGCCCGUCCCGAUUCGAGGUGUAAAAGAUGCACUCGCUAUUGACUUUGACUUCAAUGACAGCAGAAUAUACUGGACAGAUGCCAAACUAAAGACUAUAAGCCGAGCCUUUCUGAACGGUAGUGCGUUGGAGACCAUCGUUGAGUAUGGGUUAAUGUAUCCGGAGGGCAUGUCUGUGGACUGGGUCGCUCAUAACAUCUACUGGGUGGACUCUGGCACCCGGCGGAUAGAAGUCGCUCGCACGGAUGGGUCAGCACGUAGGGUUCUUAUCUGGAGAGAGAUCCACCAACCACAUGCUCUCGCUGUAGAUCCUGCCAAUGGUAUGAUAUACUGGACUGACUGGGUGGAGCCUCACAGACUGGAGAGGGCAGCACUGGAUGGAUCACAGAGAACCACCCUUAACAGUAACUUCGGCAAGGUCAACGGCCUCACCAUCGACUACGCAGACAAGCGCUUGUUCUGGGCUGACCUCGAUUCACGGUCCAUUGAGUCUUCAGACAUGGAUGGCACAAACCAAGUGACUAUUGUGAAGGAUCAUGUUCCCCAGCCCAUGGGCCUGACCCUGUACCUGGACUUUGUGUUCUGGGCCGACUUCCAGGAGAAGACCAUAGAGAGGGCCAAUAAGUCAUCUGGAACCAACCGCACCACGAUACACUACAACAUGGAAAACGUUGUUGAUCUGCUCGUUUUUCAUGCCUCCCGACAGUUAGGAACCAACAAUUGUAAGGAGAAUAAUGGCGGAUGUUCCCACCUGUGUCUGGUGAGGCCCGGAACUGAGGCAGGGGAGAUAACCCAUCAGUGUGCCUGUCCAACUCAUUUUCAACUGAACACCGAUCAAAAGACAUGUGUUGCUCCUGAGUCAUUCCUGUUGUUCAGCCAAAAGAAUGUGAUAAGUCGCCUGGUGAUUAGUGACAGUGACCUUGACCCUGACUCGCCAGAUGUCGUCCUGCCCAUUCCUGGUCUGAAGAAUGUCCGUGGCUUGGCAUAUGACCCCACUGACCGCUACAUAUACUGGAUUGAGGGUCGACAAUGGUCAAUCAAAAAGGCAAAAGACAAUGGCACACAGGCUAUUGUGGUGGUGUCCAAUCAGCAGGCAAUGUAUCGUCCAUUUGACAUUGCUAUAGACCCGUACUCGCAGUCCAUAUUUUGGACGUGUUCCAUCAACAAUAAGAUCAAUGUUACCCGUUUUGAUGGGUCAUCCAUUGGAGUGGUGAUCGCUAGUGAUGAAAAACAUAACAUCAAGCCACGCUACAUUGUGCUCAAUCCACAAAAAGGGUACAUGUACUGGACAAAUCUAGUUGGACAGCCUUCUAUAGAGCGCUCGGCUUUGGAUGGCACUGAACGUGUUUCUCUGUUCCACACUAACCUAGGAAAACCAGGUCCGCUUGCUAUCGAUGUUGAAGGAGGCCGCCUGUACUGGGCGGAUUCGAGUCUCAACAGGAUUGAAAGCUCGGACCUAGAUGGAGGCGAUAGGAAUGUGUUAGUUGACGAAAAGAUUCAAAAUCUCAAAGGCAUGGCCGUUUUUGGAAAUUUCCUAUAUUGGAUUGACAAAGAUCAACGUGCCAUUAUCCGUGCUAACAAGUUAGACGGGAAAAAUCGUACUUAUAUCCAAGGUCGUUUGGAAAGUCUCAGUGACCUUGCUGUGGCCCAGUACCUACAACUUGUGGAUUUAGAUCAGCAUCCGUGUGCUGUAAGCAAUCACAAGUGUUCUCACAUAUGUGUUGCCCAGGGAGACGGCACCGCGCGAUGUUCAUGUCCCAUUGACUUGGUGCUGAAGGCAGACGGCCACACAUGUGCUGACCCACCUACAUGUUCGCCGGAGCAGUUUACAUGCAAAAGUGGCGACAUUAACUGUAUUCCUCGUGUGUGGCGCUGUGAUGGUCAGGGGGAGUGUGGUGAUGGCUCGGAUGAAGAAGACUGUCCUGUGUGUGACGCGUCACAGAUUAAGUGCGGUGAUGGCAAGUGUAUUGACAACAACAUGGUUUGUGAUGGAGAGAAGCAGUGUGAGGACGGCCUGGAUGAGGAAAAUUGUUGUGAUCCGGAAGACCCGAGUUGUCAAGGUGAUGCUAUGGUUGACGAUCCUGAGUGUUUACACAAUUCACAGAUGGAGCCUUGUGAACGUACGGCCACCAACAAGCCUGCCACUCCGCCGGAUGCUCACAUUACAGUGAUUAUUAUUGUUGGCAUAUUCUCUCUUGUGCUGAUAGUUGGAGUUGUUUUUGCAUGCCGCAGAAAAUCACAAGGGAUGAAUAAUUAUUAUGAUAGAGACAUGAUCAUGCUCACCAAACCUCUUAAUGUACAAGCUGACCAGACUCCCCCCAAUACACUGCCUAAGAGGAGUAAUAAGAAUGGUGCUUUGCCUUCGUCUGUGUCUGGUAGUACCGCUCAGUAUGACAGAAAUCAUGUAACAGGAGCUUCGUCCAGUAGUUCUACAGUGACUCACUACCCCAAAGAGACGCUGAAUCCCCCACCUAGUCCAGUGACGGACCGCUCCGUGUGUUUUGGGGAGUUCAAUGGCUACUCCUCUAAUAGUCCGUCUACGGUGCGGUCGUAUAAACCCUACAAACUACCGCGGCAAAUUCCCCCGCCGCCCACCACCCCAUGUAGUACUGACGUUUGUGAGGAGAGCGAGCCUUACCCCCCAAAAAGAUACUACAAACUUAGUCGGUCAAUAGAUCUUUACAACGACUAUGACCCAUAUCCCCCACCUCCUACACCUCGUAGCCAUUAUUUCUCGGACGAUAUGAUGAGUUGUCCCCCCUCACCAUCGACAGAGAGAAGUUACUUUAAUCCCUAUCCCCCGCCACCCUCACCGGUGGGGAACUCAGACUGCUAGCCAAAUGUGUGAGAGUGGGGCUUGUGUAGAGCUGUGGACAGACUGUGAGAGAAAGAUUGAGUAUGAACGGAAACACAAGUGCUAAUAUUUAUGUGUGUGUGAAUUUAAAGAGAACAAUGUGAUGGAACAAAUGUGCUGAUUUCUUUUUCAAAUUUAUAUAUAUAAAUAUAUAUAAAUAUAUGUAUUUGUAUAUGAGAUAAAAAAAAUUGUACUUUGCAAUAUAUAUCGCAGCAUUAAUCAACAGUGUCGGUUAUAACCACAUGGUUUAAGUAUGUUUACGAGUGGUCAGUAUUGUUUGAGGACCAGUCACUGUGUUGGCCUCCCAUCUUCCUUUACCUAUUGUGGUUGUUGAAUCGUACUAUAAAUGGCAGAAACCUUUGUUUACUUGUUUCGUUGUGUGUAACGUGAGCUAUUUUUUCUCCCUCGAACCUCAUCUACAAUCAUUGUAAUGGCCAACUUUGUGACUGAUCGUUGUACAAUGUUCAAUUGCGAUAAAUUUGAUGUUGAAUCUGCCAUCAUUUGAAUUGACAAUCAUACCGUUUUUUUUUUUUUUUCCCCCUUUCACAUCUAUGUCUUUUCAUUCACACUUCUUCAUGACCACACCUGAGAGUAAGAUAUCAAAAUGGACUGUCAAUGACAAACGAUCAAAUCAUAUUGAUGGCAAGUUGAACAUCAACUUUGUAUGGAUGUGUGUAGGUAUCCAUCUUCUGAUUGGAUAAUCAAUGUGUUGGUUGCUAGGCAGUGAAGCGUUCCUGCGGUCACCGGACAAGUGCUCAAUAGGACUUUUUUAUAGGAUGUUACUGAAUAACUGGCAGGGACCGCUUUUCUACCUACCACCAUGUUGUUUCUGUUUUUGCAAAUUUUCUUUUCGUAUAGCAUUAUGCCAAAGUGAUUAUUUUUAAACAUUGACAUUUUGUGUUCAUUUGAAUGACUUAUUAUAUUGAGAAUUAUAAUCUAGGUUUGUAUAAAAAUGAUCAUCUUUCCCUUAUGGUGUUUCCACUCAAGCUCACAAAGGUCAAGGCAACAUGUCACGGUCAUGUACUUGGAAUGUAACCCUAAGAUUCUACUUCAAACACCGAUUAGCUUAGUCAUUAUUUAUUUUUUAUCACCAUUGUUAUAAGAAAUAUUUCAACUUUAUAAAUAAUUCUAGUUUUAUCUUAUGAUAUGAAUCCCUCUACAUAUGACUUUUGUUUCUAAUUUCAAAAAAAAAAAAUAUAAAUAACAAUGUUUCUGGAUUAAUGAAAUUGGAUGUGUUACUGAACAAAAUUACUAUCUGAGUAUUACUAUCAGGAAAGUUAGUAUUUAAACUGGUUUAUCAGUCCAAAUAAACUAGGGUUCACUAGAUAUUUCACCAAAAACUUAUUCUGGCAAAUUAUGAUAUUUUAAACAAUAUUGACAACCUACAUACCGGUAUGUAGCCCUUUAGGUUUUAACUCCUAUUGUAUUGUGUUCAUAAAUUUUUUGAACAAUUUUUGUACAUGUAAUUAGUAAAUAAAACAUUAUAUAUAUGUCUUUUACCUUGACCUUAGGAUUUAAAUGACCUUAGUAAAUGCAAUUCGAAUUUCAAAUGGCAUCAAGUGACUAUUUAGGGUGGAAGCAUCAUAAGUAAGGAUGGAGUUAUAAUUUUGUGUAGUUAUUUUUGAGUGACCUUGCGACACAAGGUUGUGUUCAGAAUGCUUGCUAUGUCGGACUUCUACCUCUGUUUAAUAGUGUUAGGCAUUAUAUACAUACAGAAAGCAAGCAGCUUUUGAACAUGACCUUUUUAACGGUGAAUAAUUAUACUUCUGGCAUUCGGUGUACCCUUCCACCCCCACAGACUAUUUUAGACUGGUCCAUAACAAUUUACAGUAAAGACUUUACAUUAUUUUGUUUCUGUUCCACCGGGGAGAGGGGUGGGGCUUUUCUUUGUGUUAAUAGUUUAUAUGUUUUAACUACUAUGUAACUAAUUUUGAACUGAAGACAGUGAAGACUGUUGAUUUAAUUGGUAUGAGAUUAUGACGAGGGCCAGGCAAUAAGAGUAGCCCGAUAGUCCGAGACUAGUGAAAUCCCCAGCUGGACUAGUCCUAAAAUCGCUAGCCCAACUGAUCAUGACUAGUCAACAUUUGAUAUUGCUUAUCUUGUUGAAUAAUAUUGGGUUAGUGAAAAUUACACAUGGACUAAUAAACAUUGGAAACCACAAUAGACUAGUAGUAUUCAAAAUUAGUUUCUAGCCCUUAUAUUGGGGGAAAGAAACAAAAAAUUGCUGGUUAUAGUAACAAAAUAAGUCUUCCAAUUUUAACUGCACAUUUUUGUAUAAAUCGGAGUUUGAGCAAUAACACUCAGGCACUGUUAAACCAUUGACCACAUUUUAUUGCCAAAGAUACAUAUAAAACACAAAUCUAUACAAAACUUUGUGUUCAAUAUUUUGAUACCAAAACAAAAGUGAUUUGAAUAAUUUUAUGUUGAUUUGUUUUUGUGCAUGAAUAUAUACUAAUGCUGUGAUUAGAAGAUUUGGGAAAUGCUAUGGUACAAGUGCUUCAAGUAAUUUCAGUACAUAUAGGAGGAUUUACAGUAUGUUUCCUGGCCUAAAAUAAAGUUGAGUUUAUUUGGGGGG